UGUUGGCGCGAGCUGCAAAAGCAACCACAUGAUUAUAUCAUUACGUUUAUAGAAAUACUGUAAUUUCUUUAAUAUCAUGGAUCGCGAACCUGUCAUACAAUCAGAGGCAGUGACAUGGACGAAAACGAGAGAGGCGAUUGCUCAGUUCCGAAAACUUCUGCUUUGUUCAAAAUGCUCAAACAUCAUGAAAGAGCCAGUGUGCCUAGGACUCUGUGAACAUAUGCUUUGCAGGUCUUGUGCAGGCCCCCAUGCUGGAGACGGCUGCAGUGUGUGCCACAGUCCUGCAUGGGUGAAAGACAUUCAGAUCAACAGACAGCUAUGUAACAUAACAGAACUCUUCUGCAAUCUAGACUCCUUACUGAACCCUACAGAGGUCUCAGCCACACCCACUGAUGCUGUUCUCUCAAAAGAGAGCUCCGUCACCAAGAAGAAGAACUUCAAGAUAUGGUUUAGCCCAAAAAGUCGCAAAGUACGCUGUUGCGUUGAGAAGCCUGUUGAGGUGAACUUGUCAAAAGAAGAUCAGCAAAAGAAACCCACUACAUCACCUGCGUCCAAACCUAAAGAUUUGUCCGUCUUCAACUUCACCUCAUCCUCCCAGGACUCUGGGUCCUCAACUCCUCCACGUGGGAAAGUAACUAAGAAAACGAAGACAAAGAGGGUCAACCCAGCCUGCAAACAAGCCCGUGGUCCUAAAAAGCCCGUAAAAAGAACUCAGACUAAGCAGGAAUGCAAAAGGCUAAAGCUAGAGGCCAUUAACCAACAGUGGGGCUUUGGUAAAGAAGGUGCUCUAGACAGGAAUGAUGAAGAAGCUGAGAAGGUGAGCUCUGGAGAUGACAACAGCAAGUCCAGUAAGAGAGUGUCUUUCCAGUGCCCCGGCAGCCAGCCUGAGGAACCUCAGAAGACUGUCCAUCAAGGAGAAAAUCAAAAUCUAAUUCCUGAUGUUGAAGACACUGAGUCUGGUGGUAAGAAGCCUCCUUCUCAUGACCAGCUGUCUGAGCUUGUCAGUGACACUUCAGAAUCAAAUAAAAAUGCCCCAGGGUCUCUUCAGUCUUCCCCUUCCAGAGUACCAAAGAGAGCCAGAGUGAACCAGGAUAGUGAAAAAUCAGCUAGUACACCAAAAAGACCCAGAACAUCUCCAGGACGGAGGAAGAGAUUAACUAGAGAAGGAACCACACAGUCCACACCUCUUCCAACUAAAGAUCUUUCUCAGAGUUUGAGAACUUCCAAACAGUCCAAAGAGGAGCAAAAUGUGAAGCUGAACCUCUCACCUUUAACGAGAAGGUCGUCAUAUACUCCUGUCCUUGGGAGGUCUCCUGUGGUGCGACGCAACCAGAGAAGUCCAGCUUACAUGAAGAGGAACCACAAGGGAGAGACGCCACUGCACUUGGCUGCAAUAAAGGGUGAUGUGGAGGAGGUAAGAAAUCUUCUUGUGCUGGGAGCUGACCCCAACCUGAAGGACAAUGCAGGCUGGACACCACUGCAUGAGGCUUGUAAUCUUGGUCACCUGGCAGUGGUGGAUGAACUGCUACAGCACGGAGCGCUGUUGAACACUCCAGGCUAUCAGAAUGACUCGCCACUGCACGACGCAGUGAGGAAUGGCCACCUAGCUGUGGUCAGACUCUUGGUUAAGCGUGGCGCAUCCCAAAGUGUUCUGAAUAUGUUCGGCCUGCAGCCUUUGGAUUAUGCACUGACCUCAGAAAUGCAGAAGGUCCUAACACUGGCCCCUGAGGUACCUCAUCCUGUGACAACCCCCCUGAGCCCAUCCGGCAGCCUCAUUAAGGCUUCAGGUUGUGUGAGGGAGACUGGUCCAGUGGUUCUGAUUGGAAGUCAGCUGACGCAGACCCAGCAGAAGCAACUUGCCAAAGCAGCUAAACUCCUUGGAGGGAAACAAGUGGAGUCCUUUAAUAGUGCAGUCACCCAUGUGGUUGUACCAGAUGAUCCCACCAAGGCUUCUACCCUGACCGCUCUGCAGGGCAUCCUGAAUGGCUGCUGGAUCCUUCGUUUCAGCUGGGUGAGCUCUAGCCUUCAGGCAGACAGCUGGGCUGGGGAGGAUGAGUACGAGGCAGGUGAAGGCCCCCUGCGUGCCCGUGUGAACAUAGGCAGCCUGCUGCCUCCACUCUUUGAUGGAUGUUUCUUCUACUUACUGGGUUCCUUCCGCAAGCCCCCUAAACAUGAGUUGCUGCAGUUGGUGAGGGAGGGAGGAGGUCACCUUCUGAGCCGCCAGCCUAAACCUGACAGUGAUGUCACUCAAACCCUGAGUGCAGCAGCCUACCACGCCCAUCCUGGUUCAGAUCAGGCACUCUGCACCCAGUAUAUCUUGUAUGAUCCUCAGAGCUCCUACAAACCCCAGCGGGUUCGGAUAGGUAAGGUCUGGUCGGCUCCCUCCACGUGGCUUCUGGACUGCAUCAGUGCCUUUCAACUUCUGCCAGUGCCAGAACCCUAGGACAUGUCAUUGCUUUACUCAUUUGCACCUUCAUGACAUCAAAUAAAACUUUGUCUGCUUGAGAAAAUAAUUUUUUUUUUUUUGCACUUAUUAGAAGUCUGAGACUAGGGACAUCCUAACCAGAUGCAAAGCGAUACUGCAGUAUUCAUACACUAGUGAUUAUAAAUGACAAUAAAAGCAGAUGUUACAACAGUAACAUGGAACAGUCUGUUUAUUGAACGUACCCUAUUUUCUCACUAAAGCUGCUUAUGGACAUACACUUUCUACGACAAAUCUCAAGGGGAUUGUACACAAUCACACACAUACACAGGGCAAAGUUACUUUAUGAAUCGCAUAAAAAUUCAUCUAUUGCCAUUUUUCUGUUCACACACUUACGCAGUACUUUGUUGUUAUUUCUUUGAUCUCCAUGUGACAGGGAAACGGAGAGAAUCAAAAUGAGCCGCCGGUGUGUGUGUGUUAGGAAUGGGCGAUACCACUUAUUUUCUUUUCGAUCC